GCUGAAAUAUUUUACGAGACCCCCCUUAUAGAUUUUGUGGAGUAGAGCUCUAUAGUGUUCUCUGUGGCCCCCUCUAUUGCUUUACAUGUGUACUAAACCAGAAAAAUAUGACCACAGAAGAUCUAGUUGGACUCCCAAGGAGGCAUGGAGCAGCAAUUGUUGACAGUGCAUGCGUGCGUUUGUAUGUGUGUAUUCAUAACUCCACCGUAUCAUCUCCUCCUCAUUCCCCAAAAGCAAAGACCAAACCGAGCUCUUUCUUCUCGGUUCUUCUCCCCUGCUCACUUCUCACCUACCUUUUCUUCCCCCUCUCUCUCCUCAACACAACGCUGGACAUGGAAAUGGAUGGCAAAAUUCAGAUCAAGAAGCUUGCGAUGGAUUGAGAAGCUAGCAGAUCAGUCGAGCCGAAUCCCCUCUACAGCAAUCCUGCUUGCCUAGGACAGUCAUGGUUAUGAGCAAGAAAAUCGAUUCUUUUUUCACCAAAAAAGACCAAGCUGUUGUUGUUGAUGCAUCUGCAGCAUCUCAGUUGAUUGUGGUGAAUCCAGUGUCUCAAGAUGAACCAGAAUUGGCCAACCCAAUUCCCACAGAUCAUGUAGAAAAUGCAGACCAAAUAGAAGAUGCAUCUGUUGUUUCUGCAGUUAAAGAUUUUGUAAAGGUUGAUCCAGCUUUAAGGUGUCAAAUUUGGGCUUGUCCUGCUGAUAAACAAGAUGAAAUUAGAAAAGCUUAUAUGCAGCUCGGACCAUAUCAGCCGAAAAAAGAUGUUUAUCGUUCUUCCGGGGAAGGGAGUCGCAAGCGCAGGUUUCAGUAUCAUUGGUUUGCGGCUUUUUCAUGGCUAGAAUAUUCGCCUACAAAAGAUGCUGCAUUUUGUUUCCCAUGCUUCUUGUUUUCAAAGAAACCAACAGGAAAAUGUGGAUCUAAUACAUUUACGGUGAAAGGAUUUCAGAAAUGGAAAAGGGUGAAUGAUGGAAAACACUGUGCCUUCAUAUGUCACAUGGGGAAGGGUUCUAAUUCUGCUCACAAUUAUUCUGUUCAGUGCUAUGAUAAUUUGAAGAAUGGAUUUUGCCAGAUUGCACGGGUUAUGCAGAAGGUAUCUAAAGAGGAGAUUCUCAAAAAUAGGUUGCCAGAAAAUAUAUGUCUUCUAGCUGCAAAGUUUUACCCUUCUGAUUUUUUAGAGCAAGAAAGAGACAAUUUGAGGUGUCAACUGCGCCAUUAUGAGCUUGAUGUUCUAAGAAAUCAAGAGUUUUCGAACUUAUCCACUAUAGCUGAACUUUGCCAGAAACUUUUUGAGACCGAGAAGUUAACGGAUUAUCACUUGAUUGACAGGUUAAUUCGACUUGUUCUAACUUUACCAGUCUCAACAGCAACAACAGAGUGAGCUUUCUCCGCCAUGAAACUUGUGAAGACAAGACUCCGAAAUAAAAUGGAGGAUGAGUUUCUAAGAGAUUGUCUGAUAAUCUACAUCGAGAGGGAUAUUGUUUUCAAGUUCUCAACCGACACACUUAUAGAUGAGUUUGAUGCAAGGAAAAAGCGUCGACUAGACUUCAACUAAAUUCCACCUCUUUUAUUUCUUCUCGUCCAUAUUUUGUCUAUCUAAUGUAACCAGUAUAUCUCAGACCAAUAUAAUGUUAUUUUAGCAAGUUAUUAUGUGAAAAUGGUGAUCUUUUGA